UCACUCUCGCGGUACUUUAUCAUAUGCCGAUCGGUCUGCGCGGCACCACAUCAAGUUGAACACGACUUUUUUAAAUUCUCUGGCACGGCUAAAAGAUUUUCUGCCCAUGUAUUUGUUUAUGUCGUGAUUCGUGGGAUAAAUACACGUCGCCGAAGGACACAAUCACAAUUUAAGUUUAAUUCAUUAAUCAUGAGGGACAGACUUGACCACCUUCAGGCAGUAUCAGUGUCCAAUGGGACAGAAGGGGAACAUGAAGAUGCCCAAGAUCUCCAUUCAGAAAAAACAGACCCUGCUCAGGACUCCAGCACCAACCCUGAUUUGGAGUUUGUCUUCGAUGAAGCACAAGAAGCUCGGCGUGAGAUUCAACUGAUUCGUUUGGAAGUGAAGAAUCUAAGGGAGCAAAACUCACGUAUCUUUACAGAGGCUAUGUGCUUGGGUACCCCUAAUGCCAGUGACUCUAAUGCUAUCGCGGCUGACAUCAAGACCCGCGGACAGGAGAUGCUUGCAAACCUUCGCAAGAUGGAUUCCCAUGCCAAAGAGUUAGAGGAAGAGUAUGGUGUUAAUUCACCUGUGGCAAGAAUCGCCCGAGCCCAGUAUACAAGUGUAAGCAACGCUUUCCGCGAUGCCAUGGUGGAGUACAAUGAUGCAGAGAUGAACCACAGGGAGUCCUGCAAGGCGUACAUUCAACGGCAGAUGGAGAUUGUGGGACGAGAUGUCACGGGUGACCAGAUCGAAGAGAUGCUGGAGAAUGGCCAGUGGAAUGUGUUUAGUGAGAACAUGCUUUCAGAAGGAAAAACGGCACGGUCGGCACUCAUUCAGAUUGAGAGCAGACAUACAGAACUGUUACAGCUGGAAAGACGCAUUAAAAGCAUUCAUGAAGUUUUUAUGGACAUGGCCAUGCUAGUAGAAGAACAGAGGUCAGUGACAGACUGCAUUCACACCAACGUGCAGUCGACUGAGGUGGAGGUCAAGAACAUCCUUGUGAAGCUUGAGAGAGCCAAGAGACAUGAUAGGAGCAAUCCAUUUAAGAAAAUGUUUUUCUGGAAACGGUGAUAUGGCCACGGAUUCACAAUGAUAACCAAUCGGUGUUCUCUGUGACUUUUUUCUACCUUUGUUUUUGUUUUUAUACUGAUUUGUUUCUUUUUUUCUUUUUAUACACAUAGAUGUUUAAGUUCUGUAGAAAACACACACACACAUCUUGAUAAACCUGUCAAUAUUUAGCUGACAAUUAAAACCAUAAAUAUCCUAAAUGAUAAAACCUCAUGUUUUUCCCAAAUGACACGAUUUUGUACUUUUGAGCUAAAAGUGCUAAGCUUAGAUCCCCUUUAAAUAAUUUUUAUAUCUUGUACAUAUGUGUAGUUGUCAUUUUGUGCAUAAACAUUUAUAUUAGCUGUAUUUAAGUGUGGUUUUGAUACUUCUUGGCAAAGUAAGUGGCUUUGUUAGCCUGAUCAGAUCACGUGUGUUUAACUCUUGUGAAACAUGAUGUUCCCUGGUUGUAUCCAUUAAACAAUUACGCAAUAUGCUAUAAUGCAAAUACCUUUCUGUGGCAAAGUAAAAUAUUAAAGUGUUAUUAUAGGACAACUUUGUCUAUAACACAAAUUGAUGUCCUGUAAUCUACUGACUGUCAGCCUACUCCAUGUCAGAUGAGGCAUAAUUAAAAUGGCAUUAAUUGUAAAAAAAGAUAUAGAAAGAACGACGUGAAGAAAGGAGUAAAAGAAGUUGCCCAAU